AUGUAUCACCCCCCCGAGAGCAGCAUCUCUAGUUCUCAGACGCGUCUGAAUAGCAUAUCCAAGCCAAAACGAAAGAAAAAGCGCAACCCACCUGGGUACACAACGAGUUUGCAGCGACGCAAACGCGCAGAGCUACAGAAUCUGCGUGAUGAAUCUCGAGCACUUGAGGAUCGACUGGGCGAGCUCAAGCGAUUGAAACCAUCUGUAGUGACUACCCCUCGAAAAGCGCAAUGGAAAGCUCUGGUUGAGUAUGAACGGGAUGCUCGUCGACAAGCCGAAGAGGCCAAUUGCAGACUCAAAGAAAUCCUUUCUCAUCAGUUGGAUACCAACAAGAAAUUAUGCCGCGCUCUGCAGAAACAAUCGCUCUUGCAGGGGUUUGAUUUCGUGUUUGGAACCACGCCAGUAUCGCCUUACUCCUUCGCAGCUUUUGAGAACAGCAAGGCAAUCACUGAUCACCUGCAAGUUGUGGUAGAUAAUCUCUAUCUCACGUCGGAGUCCUUGUUCGAGCCAUUGGCGUCUUCAUCUACCGGCUACAGUGUGCGCACCACAUUUGACAAAGAACGCGGGAAAGUAGCCGAGAUGAAGGCGACGACUCCUGUUGCAUGCUCGAUGGAAGAGACGGCCAAGUCGGUGUGGUUAGAGCAGAAUGGUCACCAACCAGACCCACAGAAGUGGGCAAGACGGAUGCUCGGUCGUAAGCCUAAUUCACAGGAGAAGAAUUGGAUCUUAUCGGUCACGUACCAGUCCUACGUCAAGCACGUCAAAGGCAUUCAGCUCCUUCAGAAAUUUGAGGAGCCGAACCGAAUUGUGUUGGCAAGGACAGAUCUCAUGACACUCACAACUGAAGGAUUGCAGUUCCGCGACAAGUGUGUGACUGUCAUUACUAGAUCGGAUUCAGAUCCAUUGAAAGCGUCGAUCGUUCGCAUUUACGAGGAAAUCUACAUGGACCCUCAAGGAGGUUUUACAGCUCGAGCUGAAGACCUGACGUAUGCACAGGAUGUCGUCCUAAAAACGCUCAGUUGGAAGCUUCACAAGUACUCACUCCGACUUCAAGCCGUGCUGUGUCCAUCCAACCCAGCAACCAAGUCCCAACUCAUGAGCCUAUACUGCUCUAAGAACGAGGAUUUCGUGACGGUGGAGGAAGCCAUCGCCUUCAUUGACUCGUUCGAUCAACUCUUAGGCGACAGCGGCGACUCGGACGUGUCGAGUACAAAAUCCAUUACUCCACCUGCCAAAAGUGCUUCACGCAGAACAAACCCUCCCCGGAAACGCAAGUCGAACCCUCCAGGAUACACAACCCGAAUGCAGCAAAAGAAAAAAGUGGAACUUCAAGAGUUGAGGGACCAAGUUCGCGAACUCGAGGAACAUGCCGAGCAACUCAAAAGACUGCGACCCAACAAGCCAACACAGAGAGUAUUAGAUCCUCAGAUCGCAGAGCAACAGGCCAAGUGGGAGCAGAUCGUCGCAACGGAGUAUGUAGCUCGACGACAGUCCGAAGAGACCAAUCGUAAGCUCCGGACGAUCUUGGCUCACCAAGUCGAAGUGGACAAGAAUUUGCGUCGUAUUCUGCACAAACGUUCCCUAUUACAGGGAAUGGACUUUGUUUUCGGGAACGAACCCACAUCGAGGUACUCGUUCACUGCGUUUGAGAACAACAAGUCGAUCAUAGAUCACUUGGAACAGAAAGUGGCACAGCUUUACUUGGACUCGGAAACCGUGUUUCAAAGCGGACCACCGCCUUCUAUCAGCUGCAGUAUGCAGAUGAAAUACAUCGAAGCUUUCGGCAUGACAGCGGAGGCCCUGUCAACGACACCCGUACCGUGUUCGAUGGAGGUGGCCGCUGAUAUUUGCUGGAAGGACUUGAGUAUUCCUCGUCCUUGUCCGGAGAAAUGGGCACGUUGUAUGAAAAGCAGGCAACCGCAUUCGCACGAGAAGAAUUGGAUCCUCGCGCUGCAGUGCCAGUCGUACGUGAAACAAGUCAAGGGCGUUCAGUUCCUGCGAAAGUACAUUGAACCGAAUCGUAUCGUGAUUAUCAAGGCGGACAUGAUGACGCUCAAUAACGAAGGACUGCAGUUUCGUGACCAGACGUGGACUAUCAUCUCUCGUGCUCAGACUAAACCGAACGCUGCUGUGGUGCGAGUGUGUGAGCAAAUGUUCUUGGACCGAGAAGCCAGUGAAAUAGCAACCUCACGUCCGGAAGAUAUUGACUAUGCGCAGAAUGUAGUGCUUAAGAAUUUGAACUGGAAGCUGAGGGAGCACACCACACACCUACAGGACCAGCUGAUUGAGGAGACGCAAAACUUUGGGAUGGUACCGGCAGCGUAGAGAGGCUUAAGAGCACAGUGUAGCUGCAAAAUGCAGUAUAGUUCACUGCAGCACUUAGAUUUACUUGAUAAUCUCUCCACGAACGCGGUCUUGGUGUAGACGAUUUAACCUAUUACGGCGUGGACUCUGAAAAAGUAACCCGCUACGUACUUUGUAAUUUUUGCAACAUUUCUUCGACGGUAUUGUCAUGUAAGAUUUCGCGCAAUAAUUAUAUAUGUAUUGAAGAGUUGAA